GUUUAUCCCGGUGUUACUGCCGAUACAACCGCCGCUUAUUUAAUAAAGCCCGAUUAGCCGGGUUUUUCGUCGAUCACUAUUGAACCACCUGUAUUUUUAUAAACCGGAAACAGCUGACCGCUUGUCAACAUAUCGUCAAUACAAGACGCGAAAGAGGAACAUUUAAUUUCUUGCACGCAUGGAUCGUCGAAAACAGGAGUGGUUCGUUGAGAUACCGCAAGGAGUAACUUCGCAAAUUGAGAUUUAAAUAAUGGGAAUCUGUCGUGGUACUGAGCAUCACUGGACAUAUGUAUAUAUCAUAAGCAAAUGAAAAGCAAUAUACAAUGCACGAUAUACUUAUCUAAUGAUAUCUAAUAAACACAAUCCUGUAUAUAAGGUCAGAUUAGGUCUAGUCAGGUCUGGUGGAUGGCCGGAAUGUAUGUAUCCCACCACCUAAAACUCGACCUGACAAAUUUUUCUCAUGUUAGUUUCUUUUCUUGCAAACGUAUCAUAUGUGGAAGAUAUUGUAUUGUCUAUACUUGUCUAUGAUACACGAUGAUACAUAUAUAAGAAAAGGAGAUCGAGAGAAAGUAUAAAAUUGUGGUUAAAAAUUUGUUAUCAUAUAUCUAUAAAUAAUUAAUUGAAAAAGGAAAUUGAAAUUUAAACAAUUGGGAAUCUGGCAUAGUACUGGAAAGUACUGGACAUCGGUAUAUAUACGUCAUAUGCGGUCAUAUGCUAUAUACAAACAAAACGCAAUAUGCAAUUAUACAAUAACACAUGUCAAAAUGUCAUGUCUACUAAUUUAUGAAAGGAAUUACGAAAAUCUAUAAUGAAAAGCCUAUUGAUCUUCUUACCAAACAGGCUUUACAAAGAGAAGCCUGGAUACCUGUUUGGCAAAGUUGUAUAUGAUGAAAAUACAGAAGUAAAAAAAUUUUAUGUUAUUGGCGUAUGUAAAGUAGAUAAUUUGGACAUCAUAAAAUGCGCCAAUAUAAUCGGAUAUUACUCCAAUACUGAACCGAAACGUGGAUACGUAGAUAAAAAAUAUUCAGACUGGAUCAACGUACGCUUGAAUUCCACAAAUAAUAUUUACGAUUACAAUUUAAAAGGAAUUAUCGUGAAUAAUAAAAAAAUAUCUAGUUUACAAUGUCAUACAGUCAUGACAAUAUACGAUCAAUCAGCUCUCAGAGAAACAGAAUUAUUCCCACAGAAAGCUGCAUUCGGAGAUCAUUUUCACGAAUUGAUGAAAAUUGUACAAGACAAACAAGUUCAGAGAGAAAUACAGAAAAAAGGAAAAUUUAGCUAUAUAAAAGAGACUCUGCUAGUAUAUCAUAUGCUAUUAUACUUCUAUCCAGUUCUUCUUCUUAGCAAAAUAACAAGCAAAUUGUUACCAAUAUUAAAAUAUUCUUUUCUGGGCGUACAUGUUAAUGGAUGGUUGGAAAAUAUUAAAUGGAUGUUAAUCACUGUAAUAAGAAAUAAAAGAUUUACAUUGAAGACUGGCAACUAUGCCUUUGCGUUGAUAAUAGACAUGUUACUGGGCAUAUUUAUACUGCAAUUUUUACUGCAUCACAUUCAAUGUUCUCCGUCCCAAAUACUUUUACAUAAUGCAGAGAAGGUAGUCACAUGUUUAAAGGAUUUAAUAAAUUGGUUGAUGGGAGUACCAGCUGGAUUAAAAUUGAAUCUAGCAUUGAACAACAUGCUUGGGAAAUUUUUUCUUUACCAUAUACAAAUGUGGUGGACCUUUUUAAUAUUCAUGAGACCUUUAAUGGACUUUGCAUUUGAAGUAUUGGUAUUGUUUGGAAAGCUUGGCAUUACGUUUCAAAUAGCGAUUGCGGCUGAUCUGCUGGCGCUUGUCAGUUUUCACGCUUACUGCAUUUAUGUCUAUGCAGCAAGGCUGUUUAAUAUACAACUGAAGGGUAUCACUGCUUUGUUUCGAUUAUUUUUGGGCAAGAAAAAGAAUCCGCUAAGGAAAAGAGUUGAUUCUUGUCUGUAUCAACCGGAUCAACUGUUUGUGGGAACUUUGCUGUUUACUAUUUUGUUAUUCCUUAUGCCAACGACUUGGGCUUAUUAUGCAGUUUUUACUACGUUCAGACUAGCAUUGAUUAGUUUCGGAGGUCUGUUAACAAGAAUGAAGUUUUACCUGCAAGUUAUGCCUGUCUAUACAUUUUUCAAAUGGCUGCUUCACUCUCACAGUACACGUAGUGUCGUUAAUAUUAAAGUGCAUAGGACAGAGGGACCCAUAAUAUUAGUGAUGACAAUAGUUGUAGCAUCAUGGAACCACACGUGGAACAAAUGUAUACCAGACACAAUAACACAUCAUCCAUCCAUAGAAUGGAGCAAGAUAAUAAAUAACAUAAUAUGGGGUGAAUUGCUAUAUCCCCUCUAAUAUUUAUUCAUAAUUCUCCAUCGGUUAACGAAGGUCUCUCUGUACAUGUACUAAAUAAACUGCAGAUUUUAAAGUGUC